CGCCAUCUUUAGUAAGUGUGGAAGGUGCUCAGUCGUGUUUUAGCUUUCGACGAGAUCACUUGGUUUUGGAGAAAAAAAAAGAAGAGUAGCAAGAGCUGUACCAGCUGAAAAUUUUUGCUCUUUUUCAACUAAAAGUAUUAAUUUAAUAGCAACGCAAAAGUGGUCAAAAGUCCACAUAAUACAAAGUUUAAAAAAAAAAGUACAUAAAGGAAUAUCCCUUGAGAAGUUACAAAUAAAAAAGUUACUCCACAACAAACAUGAGUUCAACAGAGAAUAAUAGCGAAGUCGCGGUGGAAAAUGUGACGACAAAUGAAAAAGCCGCCGAAGCCAAGGAAAUCAAAGGCACAAAAAGGCCGGCAGAAGAAAAACCCGUAGAAGCGAAAAAGUCGAAAAAGGAGGAGAAUGGUGGAGGCGAGGAUGAGGAGGAGGUCGAGGAUGAGGGUGAGGAGGUUGAAGCUGAGGAUGAGGAGUACGACCUUCCCUAUGGUGAAGAAGAUGUUGACGGCGAAGAUGAUGAGGAUGAGGAAGAGAUUGAUGGUGAGGACGAAGAGGACGAUGCGUAAUGGCCUCGAUUUAGCAAAAAAAAGGCUAAGUGCAGUGACUGAACGAACACAAUUAAUAUAUAUAGACUAUUUUAUCUCUCGACUACUGUGAGUGCAGUGUGUUGUAUAAUUUUGAAUUACAAUUUCUGACGAGGAUAAAAUGAGGAGGAAAAAAAGAAAUUUGUAAAGGGAGACACAAGCAUCCAUCAGGAAUCAACAGCAACAGAUCAUCUGACAAAAAAAAAACAAUUAAAUUCAUUAUGAGGAAAAGUAAAGAAAAAGAGUUACAGCAGGAUUUUCUUUAAAUGUAAUUGAUUAUAUAAAAAAAAGCAAAGAUACUAAAGUAAUCGGUAGUUCUGUCGAUUUUUUUUUUGUAGAUGAGUAAUUUAAAGAAAAAACUUAGUGGAAAAUGUCAAAUUUGUUUUUAAUUUGAAAGAAUGAUAAAAAUAGAAUGAAUGUAAUUAAAAAGAAAAAAAAUAGGGAGAAAAAUAAGAAAGUCACGAAGAUCACACAAGACACCAUCAUCGAAAAAAAAGGGAUGAGAAAAGUAAUUAAGAGUGAAGAGAGUAAAUGAAUGUUGUGAGAUGCCAGUACAUGAACAGCAGAUCAUCUCCUGCCCGCCCACCCAAGAAAAAGAAAAAUUUUAACGCAAAAUCAUGGGUAUUUAGUAAUUGUAAAACACAAGUUCUAUCAAAUAAGAUUGACAUAGAAUUCACUGAGAAUAUCUUACAACAGUUUUAGUGUGACUAUCACGAAGGUAAUUUUUAUUUUUCAAAUUUUUUUUUGUCUACACAAAUCUCAAAUUUUCUGUUUUUUGAUCAUUUCUUAUCACUCCUAGAAAAAAAAACAAUAAAAAAAGAAACUAGAUUCUCUUUGACGAGGAAACAAUCUGAGAAACUCAAGCAAAAAAAUAGAUUAAAAAGGUUAUUUUUAAUUCUUUUUUUUAUACAAAAAACCUUACUUAUAAAAAUAUUUUAAAAGGAACAAUAAAUUGUAAAAAAGAAA